UUUCACUCGAUAAGGAAUCCUAUUACUUCUGCAAUUCAAAGCGGUUAAUAAGAGGAAACCCAAUUUCUUCUGAAAAUAGUUAAACAAAUAAACGAUACAGAGGCUUCAUCAGCAAUUCAUCAUCGUUUUCAGAAGAAAAGAUGGGGCUCCUCUCGAACAGAUUGGAUAGGGGGAGUCUGAAACCAGGGGAUCAUAUAUAUUCAUGGCGUACUGCUUACAUUUAUGCUCAUCAUGGUAUAUAUAUGGGUGAUAACAAAGUCAUUCAUUUCACUAGACGCGGUCAAGAAGUAGGAACCGGAACAAUUCUAGACGUCCUCCUAGUCAGCUCAACCCCAACGCGGUCCCACCUCCCCUGCGCCACAUGCACCCAAUCCGACGACACCAACGGAGUCCUCUCCUCAUGUCUCGACUGCUUCCUCGCCGGAGGCGCUCUCUACCGCUUCGAAUACUCCGCCACGCCCGCCCUCUUCCUCGCCAAAGCCCGCGGCGGCACUUGCACUCUCGCCGCCACCGACCCACCGGAAACCGUCGUCCACCGCGCAAACUACCUCCUUACCAACGGCUUCCGUUGCUACAAUGUUUUCAAGAGUAAUUGUGAGGAUUUUGCAAUCUAUUGUAAGACGGGGAAGCUUGUUGUUGAGCAAGGGACGAUUGGGCGGAGCGGGCAAACGGUUUCCAUCAUCGGUGGGCCACUGGCGGCGGUUUUGGCGUCGCCGCUAAGGCUUGUGACCACGAAUGUUUAUGGGAUGGCGGCGACUGCGGUUGGUGUGUACUGUGCGAGUCGGUAUGCGGCGGAUAUUGGGAUGAGGCCGGAUGUGGUGAAGGUGCGAGUGGAGGAUUUGACACGGAGGUUGACGACGGGUGAACUUAGGGUGGUGGAAUCGGGGAUUCCGGCUUUGGCGGAAUCCAGGAUUCCGGGGUUGGCGGAAUCAAGGAUUCCGGCUUUAGUGGGUGGUAAUAAUGGUAUGUAGUGUUGGAUUGUUGUUGUUGUUAAGACUUUGUGAAGUUUGUGUGUUUACUUUGGCCAAAUAAUAAUGUGUUUUGGCUUAAUGGAUUUUUUUCUUUUGUUGUGAAUUUUUUUUUUGUUUACAAAUGACUAGGGUUUAUGUUAUAUACAGAAGAAGGCAAUUGUUAUA